UAUCGCUUGUGGUCGAAUGCCGUCUUUUGCAAACACUCCUUCUUGCAGACGUUUGUGUGAGCGCUGUAAAAAUCUUUAAGCUUUAUGUCCAGUUACAUUUCAGUGACAUAACUAGCGCACCAUAAUAUAUCAAGUUUAAUUCAUCGCAUCUUAGUGAAGGUCAUCAUACCAGAUUCAACAUUUUACCCACCCAAGCACGAAGCAUGGAUUAAUCAACAUGUUUUCAAUUUCAUGGGAGAGUAUUCCAGUGAAAGUAGAAUACCCCAUUCUUGAAGCACUUAUGUCUACGGUAUAUGUGUAAACUAGUUUUGCAAAUGCAUACAUUUUGUGUGAAUUCGUUUUGAGUGGAAGUUUUAUUGCUUUAAGAAGUAGGCACCAAUGCUGAGCUACACAUAAGCCAACAUCAGUCAAAAACAGUUAUGCUAAUGAGCAUGAGCUGUACUUGAAAUGAACGGAAUUCGCUCAAACCGUAAACCAAACACAGAAAUGGAGAACACUACUAUCAUUCGUACGAAAUAUCCAUCCGCAAGAACGAGAACGCACUUGGUACCGGUAUGUAGACACCUUUCAGCACAUGAGAGUUGCAGGAAUAGCAUCCGAGUUUCGCCAUGUUCAACACCCCAAACCCCAUUAAGAUGGUAGAAAGAAGUCAACGAAUGCUACGAGAACCAUGUUACGGGGAUAUCAACGUUCGAAAGAAUGGAAAAUGCAAAGACUCCAGCGCGCAAACAUAUCGUCGGACGAUCGCAACCAACGUGGAAUGAAGGAAAACGCAUUAAGAAUCCAACCAGCAGCAAACACGUUGAAGGUGGAAAUGAGUCAAAGAGCAAAAUCCUAUCGCUGAUGGUGCGUCUUGAGAGGAACUGGUGUAUCGUCGAACCGCACACACUCGAUGAUGGCAUCGGCCCAUCAAGCUCCUAGCGCAUGCCUCGAUCCGCUGACCACCACAUUUGUAUCCAGUCUGUGUCCGGAAGAAGAUCGCGUUCGACCGACCCGUUGCGUUGUGUGUCGUGAAGUGUUUUGCAAAGGGAGGUGGAUAGAUACCCGUGAACCUGAUCUGUUGUAUUUGCUGUUUGCCUUCAGUCUUCUUCGAUACAGCUGCAAGAGUGCUCAUCGUGACAUAAGCGUUUCCGUGAUCAUCGAUAUUUAGAACUUAUAGAAAGUGAGAGAGCUUAACAAUGAAUCAUCGUAACGUAGUGUUUGCACUGUUUUUGGUGCUAGCUGUCGUUUUCGUACGUGCAGAAACUGGUUUUUACGUGCCCAAAGCGUACUACACGAUUGACGAACAUGGUUAUAAAUCCCCACUCAUCUACAUUGACAGUAUUCCGCAAAUAUUCCAGCGUGUUCGACGAUCCGCUCAACUUCCUACAGUCCCCAACUUUGGUUUUCCGGUGAAUUUUCCUGCGUUCCAGUUCCCAAAUCCUGCACAGGGUGGCAACUUCCAGUCAGUAUCUAUUACCAGCGGAGGCGGUGGUUUGAACAAUCGAUUCGAUGAAAAUGGACAGUCGGCACCAGGUGGAACCACUAUUAACACAUUCUCGUCUCAAAAUGGACAGGUUACUCAAAUGACCCACCAUAUCGACAAGGACGGCAAAGUCACUACUCAUACCAACAAGAACAACAACAAGAAGAACUAAAAGCAGAUCGAUAACCGCGAGUAUUUUUUCAACAAUAAACUCCCAAAUCAAUACUUUGGCAAGCUGUAUCGAUUCAUGUUGUGAAGCAAUCCCAAUUCGCCAUGUGACCACUGCUCUUUUUCGCAAAACGACGAUACACUUUUGACUAGCAUAAAUAAUAUUAUUGUGUUUGUGUGUGUACUUUGUACUAGUGCCUAUUAUGGUAGUAUUCGGCUGGAGUAUGUAUAGUAUUUAAAAAUGAAAUAAAAAUACAAAAAGUAACAACCAA